UUAUUAUCAAAGUAAUGCGCUGAAAUUAAAUAAAAAGGUCAAAGAGUUAGAGGGGGUUAUUGAAGAUUUAGAGAAAAAAUAUAAAGAACUACAAAAACGUGCAAUAGUUGCGGAUGAGAAUUCCAGCCAAGAUGCUAUUACAUUCGCUAGGAUGAUCGUCACGAAGCACACUUUUUUUAGUGACAAUGAAAAGACAUUGGCACAAAAUGUUAAUUAUACAUAUGGCCACCAAAGCUUAUAGUUUCAUGCGUGACGAUUUAGGCUUCUCUUUACCGAGCAAAAGUUCUCUUUUGAGAUGGCGCCCCAUUAGGUAUGUUGUCCCUGGCUUCGAUGCCAAUGUCAUAUCGAAUUUAGGCAAAAUCGCCAAAAAUAUGUCCGUUUUAGAACGUAAUUGCGUUCUUUUAUUUGAUGAAAUCAUCAUAAAGUCCGACCUAACUUACAAUAGAGUUAGGGAUAUUAUUGAUGGGUUUGUAGAUCAUGGGGAAGGCCAUCGGGAAAUGAAGAUAGGGAAUAAGUGUUGUUUUUUUAUGGUAAAAGGGUUAAGUUCAAGUUGGAAAUAUGUGUUUUCAUACUAUAUUUCCAAAGGUGGACUUCUUACUCAAAAUUUAUCUAAAAUUUUGAAUAAGAAUAUCGCAGCACUAAAGUCCAUUGGACUUAAUGUUAAGGCUUUAGUCUGCGAUCAAGGGGCUUCGAAUUCUUCCGUUUUCAAAUCAGUGGGAAUUACUGAAGAAACACCCUUUUACAUGCACGAAGGUUCUAAAGUGUAUUGCUUAUUUGACUAUUGCCAUCUAUUUAAGUCCAUCCGUAAUACGUUGCUGAAAUAUGAUAUUUCAACUCCUGAUGGAAUAGUCACUUUUAAAGUUAUUAAAAAACUUUACUCAAUUGACCAGAGCAAUACCCAUUUUAAAAUCUGUCCAAAACUAACGGAGUCCCAUGUUUACCCCAGCGUCUUUGAGAAAAUGUCCGUCAAACGUGCCACACAAGUUUUUAGCAAUUCGGUCGCGGCUGGCAUUGAAAUGGCUUACAGCCAAAAUCUAUUCGGCAGUGACGAAUAUUUAAUAAAAUGUAUAAAGCCUACGCAGUUAUUCGUCAAGAGGAUGAAUGAUCUCUUUGACGAUUUAGACUGCAAAAUAUUUGAUUCCAAAAAUCCGUUGAAACGUCCACUUCUUAGAAAUGAUUCCGGGAAGGUCCAACGCCUCCAUGAUCAUAUAGAAUUUUUAAAAUCAAUUAGGUUACCGAAUGAUGUUCGGGUAAAGUGUAUUGACGGUUUUCGCAAUACAAUUAGGGGGAUGCUAAUGUUGUCAGAAGAGCUAUUUAAGGAUCAAAGGGAAUUAGAUUUUAUAUUUCUAGGGAAAUUAAAUCAGGAUGCGUUGGAGAACUUCUUUUAUAGAGUCCGAGCGAGUCAGGGUAUUAAUACCCAUCCGACUGCCCAUGAAGUGCAGUAUAUUGUAGGUCGUCUAAUAUCUAUGAAGAUACUUAGGCAAUAUUUUGAAAGUAAGGGCGCAAAUUGCGAGGAUGAUGACGAUAUUAAUUUAGAUUGGAAUUUAGGCCCCGAAGAUCGUCAUCUAGAUGUGCAGGGAAACGAACAGGAACCUGAGCAACUCGACCUGGAAUCUUUUGUUAUUCCAGACGAAAAUUUCGUUGAAGAGGACGAUGAAGCUGACGUCCAAAUCAAGCGGUACUACACAGGCUAUGGUAUUUACCAGAAAAUUCUGUGUAGAAUUCAUUGCGAAAAGUGCACAAAGGCAAUGACAAAGACACAGAGCGACUUAACGCUCUAUUCGGAGGCCCUCAUCAAAGCGAAAAACUAUAAGGAUGACAGCGAUUUAAGACUGGUGAUAGGGUCUUCGAAGUGUGUCGACUGCAAAUGAUGUGGUACGUCAAGCUCUUCAACGAAUAUGCUCAUCAUUCCAAUGUUCGUUGUCUAAUGUUGUCCGCUAUCCAACAAAAAACCGAAAAGGUUUUUCCUCAAUGGUUUGAUCCAGCCGAUGAGUGUUUUGCCCACAAAAUUAAAUUGUUAGAGUAUUUAGUAACAGUACUGCUCUUUAAAAAUUCAAAAUGGCUUGUGAAAGAAGAAGUACUUAGGGAACGACAUCGGAAGCGCGAUGAAAAAAUAAAAAAAACUUAAAAAGAAGUUGCAAGUCAGAGCCGUUUGACUAUCGAACAUCUUACUUUUGGGUUUUUUUUAUUUUCAGUUUUUUCUUAUAUUUUCAGCUCUUCUUCUACUUUCAGUCUUUUUUAUCUUUGCAGGUUUUCUUUUUUUUUUAACGUUGCAACUGAGCCUAGCUUUUUUAAACACUAAUAUAAUCAAGAUGGAUUAAAUUGUGUUUAAAAAAGCAGGUGAAAUUAAAUGACUUAAUUUAAUUAUUAAGUCGUGUGAGAAAUUUCCAUUUUAAAUGGAAUAUUUCGUAAUUCAGUUUUACGUUAAAUUUUAUUUUUUUAUUAAUAAUUAAUUUAAUUAAAAUUGUUCGUUUUAAGUAAAAA